AUGAAGCGAUCUCGCCUUAUUUCCCUCGGAGACGACCAACUGAUUGAAGCUGAGAAGCGUCAGAAACUCUCAUCUACUUCAAUGAGCAAUGACGACGGUUCGAAGAAGAACACACCAAGAGGAGGCUCCAAGAGCUAUGAUGGGCGUUUGAAUCUCUUGUCGUUGGUAUGCAAUCAGCAGCUAUCAAACAACAAGAACGGCAAACCACGACAAGGAUACGCCGCAAAGAUGCCUCACAAGAUCCCUACAUAUAAGACGAGAAACAAGACUGAUGCUGCGGCAUUUGCCAAAAGUGCCGAACGCGUAUUGGGCAUCGUCGCUCCUGCUAUCAUCUCUCCAUCUGAAGAUGAUAGCCCAGAUCAGCAUGUUCGUCUUGCUGAUAGCGAAGUACCAAAGAAGAAUGUAACUAACGCCACGUUUCAAACGGGACAAGAAGGUGGAAAAACGAAGAAACAGCCUUUUGUCUGGAAGGGCAUUUGCCGUCCCGUUCCGUUGCCACCUAGACUUCCCAUGGUACCGGCCGGAUAUAUCUUUCCACUUGCAAGAUCUCCAGACAGUAUCAGGUGUAUUGAUCCUUAA